GCUUUGCUGAUUGUGCGAGAGUAACGCAGAUCGUGGCUCGGACAAGCGUUUCACUAAAUCCUUAUUCUGGAAUGACUCCUGACCGGGCUAAAUCUUUGACAAAGUACGCCUAAAACGACCGAAUGCGACCUUCGUGUCCCUAUAAAGUCGCCUGGCUGCACGUUGAAGCUACACUGGCAAACUUAGCUUUGCUUCGCUAACAGGCAGAAGCGUCUGUUAGCAACACGUCGCUCAGAAGAGAUCAAGUGAAUGUCAAGUCUUGUGAUUGUCGCGGGAAAUGUGUGCAAGAAAGACGACAGAGUACAAGGAGGAACUUUGUCAGUUGGAACCUCGAGUUGCCUUAAACGGAGCAGACCUCAAUGAAGAAGAGCACUCAAGGGGAACAUUUAAAUGCACACGCAAGCAGCAGGAGCCAGCGUAUGGCCAAAUUAAAGAGGAGGAGCAGGAGGAGGAGCGUGAGUGCCCUUACGUUAAAGAAGAAGAGCAGGAAGAUGAAAUCAGCAAGAUUCCAUUGACUGGAGUCAUUGUGAAGAGUGACGAAGAUGAUGGGGACCAGGAUGGGCGAUCCCAAUCGGACAGCCUCUUAGCUCCACUUUCAGAUGGUGAUGACGUGACGUCACGCUCUUCUGACACUGGCGGUGACGACGACGAUGAUGAUGAACACGUUACAGACCUCAAAGAAGAAGAUCUUGGACCUGAGCAGCGUCAGCUAGAAUCGCCCCAAACUAAAGAAGAGGAGACGCGAGAGUGCCCUCACGUUAAAAAAGAAGAGCAGGAAGAUGAAAUCAGCAAGUUUCUACUGACUGGAGUCAGUGUGAAGGGUGACGAAGCUGAUGGAGACCAGGAUGGACGACCCCACUCGGACAGCCUCUUGGCGCCACUUUCUGACGGAGACGGCGUCACGUCACAGUCUUCUGACACGGAGGAUGACGACGAUGACGAACAGUCCAAAGGUGAUCUGACAUGUCAUGCGCCCAACAGACGACUGAAAUGUUCCCAUUGUGGCAAAACUUUUGUCAGUAAGUCAACAUUGAGAACACACACCAGGACACACACGGGGGAGAAACGCUUUGUCUGCUCAGUUUGUGGUAAAACAUUUACUCGGAAUACAAGUUUAACAAGCCACACCAGAACACACACUGGGGAGAAACCUUUUGCCUGCUCAGUUUGUGGUCAAAGAUUCUCUGAAAAGGGAAAUUUAACCAAACACAAAAUUACUCACACUGGUGAAAAACCUUUUAUCUGCUCAGUGUGUGGUAAAACGUUUACAUAUAAAAAGGAUUUAACAAGGCAUUCAAGAAGACACACUGGGGAGAAACGCUUUGCCUGCUCUGUUUGUGGAAAAAAAUUUGUUCAGAAAGCUGAUUUAACAAGGCACACGGUAACGCACACAGGAGAAAAACCUUUUGCCUGUUCAAUUUGUGGUAAAACAUUUUAUAUCAAUAAAGAUUUAAUAAGGCACACAACAACUCACACCGGAGAAAAACAUUUUCCCUGCUCAGUUUGUGGGAAAAGAUUCUUUCAGAAAGCAGAUUUAGCAAGGCACACGAUAAGACACACCGGAGAAAAACCUUUUGCCUGUUCAGUAUGUGGUAAAGCAUUCUUUAUAAAUAAAGAGUUAACAAGACACAUAAUGACUCACUCCGGAGAAAAGCCUUUUGCCUGUUCAGAUUGUGAUAAGGGUUUUUUUACAAAGGGUGACUUGAAAAAACACACAAGAACACAUACUGGGGAAAAACCCUUUGCCUGUUCAAUUUGUGGAACAAGAUUCAGACAUAAGGGGCAUUUGAAUGCACACAGAAGAACACACACUGGAGAAAAACCUUUUGCCUGCUCCGUUUGCGGAACAAGAUUCACCCGAAAGAGACUUUUGAUAACACACACAAGAGUGCACACUGGAGAAAAUCCUUUCGCUUGUUCAGUUUGUGAUAAAACCUACACUAGAAAGGAAAAUUUAACGAGACACACGAGAGCACACUCUGGAGAAAAACCUUUUGCCUGCAUAGUUUGUGGUAAAAGCUUCACUCGAAAGGAAAAUUUAACAAGGCAUCGAAGAGAACACUCUGGAGAAACACCUUUUCAAAUAAAAUAAAGCAAGGAGUAGCUUAUGUUUGUUUUGUUCGCUGCUGCAGUUACUACUCACUAUAUUUGUUAUGAUGCAGCAUGUUUGAUUGUUGUUGGUUGAAGUUUAAUUUUGUUGCUUGUUUAUUGUUUGGAGCCUUUUUAAUGUUCAA